UGAAUUUAGAGUCUCUUAUGUAGAUAACUUCAUCUUAGUUUUGUUCUGUGUUGAUGCUAUUGUUGUACGAUUGACAUAAGUCAAUGCAAUGGCUGAAUAUUUAGCAUCAAUUUUUGGUACAGAAAAAGAUAAAGUUAAUUGUUCAUUUUACUUUAAAAUUGGAGCUUGUCGUCACGGUGAUCGAUGUUCACGUAUACAUAAUAAACCAACGUUUAGCCAAACAUGCCUCCUACAGAAUCUUUAUGUAAAUCCUCAAAACUCAGCAAAAAGUGCAGAUGGCUCACAUUUGGUUGCAAAUGUGUCUGAUGAAGAAAUGCAGGAGCAUUAUGACAAUUUUUUUGAAGAUGUUUUUGUUGAAUGUGAAGAUAAAUAUGGCGAAAUUGAAGAAAUGAAUGUUUGCGAUAAUUUAGGUGAUCAUUUAGUUGGUAAUGUUUACAUUAAAUUUCGUAAAGAAGAAGAUGCUGAAAAAGCAGUUAAUGAUUUAAAUAAUCGUUGGUUUGGUGGAAGACCAGUUUACGCUGAAUUAUCACCAGUAACAGAUUUUAGAGAAGCUUGCUGUCGUCAAUAUGAAAUGGGCGAAUGUACAAGAUCAGGAUUCUGUAAUUUUAUGCAUUUGAAACCAAUAUCAAGAGAAUUGAGGCGUUAUCUUUAUAGUCGAAAGAAGGGUGGUAAAACUGCACGAUCACGAUCGCGUUCAAAAUCACGUGGUCGUAGUGAAAGAAAGAAAAAAUCACGUUCACGUGAAAGACGAUCACGAUCUAAAGAGAGACGCAAAAGAGGUGGAAGUAGAGAAGAAAAAGGACGUGAUGGUCGAUCUGGUAGAUAUUAAAAAAAAAAAAAAAUUACAUCUCAACACAUCAAAUAUAUCCCUAAAACUUCCUAAAAGUGAAAAGAAAAGAAAAAAAAGGAAAAAGGUGACGCAUUUCUAUAUGCAUACAUUUUUUUGCAUAUAAAUGAUAUUCAAACGUCAUUUUUGUAUAUAUUUUGUAUAUCAUGUAUAUCUAAAUUAUAUACAAGUUCAAUUUUUGCCAAUAUAUAAUUAAUCUAUAAAUAAUUAAGUCUGCCUUCAGAAGAACUAGUUCUAUUAUA